GGAGGGGAGGAGGGUUCAGGAAGGCUAGCGCAGCGACAAUGAAAGUUCGCAGUGCAUCGCCUUUAUUUCAUAAUCCCACAUCGCAUUUCUGGAAAACCUGAAUAGCAUUAGAAAUCACUGACUCAAUAUUUGGAUCUCAUUUUCAUGACAAAGCGAUUGUCUGUUAAUAAAACCUGGCAGGGUAUAAAAAGCCUGGUGUACCAAAUAGUACGGCAGUGCAACUCGAUAUAACUGAACCAACACAAUGUCAAAGACUGGCAGGAUUGUGUUUUAUGAAGAUAAGAACUUUCAGGGUCGCCGGUAUGAGUGCGACAGUGACUGCUCUGAUUUCCACACUUACUUGAGUCGAUGCAACUCAAUCCGUGUGGAAAAUGGCGUCUGGGUGAUAUAUGAGCGUCCCAACUUUGCCGGUUACCAGUACGUGCUGACCCGUGGAGAGUACCCAGAGUACCAGCGCUGGAUGGGGCUCAAUGACAGAUUAAGCUCCUGUAAGAUGAUUCACUUUCCUGCUGGUACUCAGCACAAGAUCCAGCUGUAUGACAAAGGGGACUUUGGUGGUCAGGUGUUUGAGACAGCAGAUGACUGUCCAUCAGUCCUGGAUCGGUUCAGAAUUCGGGAAGUGCACUCCUGUAAGGUAGUGGAUGGAGUAUGGGUGUUCUAUGAGCAUCCAAACUACAGAGGGCGCCAAUACCUGCUAGAGAAGGGGGAGUACCGCAAGCCUGUGGACUGGGGUGCUGUGUGCCCAACGAUCCAGUCCUUCAGGCACAUUACUGAGUGAACCCUUGUUAAAAACCAUCAUGAAGGUUAACUGAACGGCUGAAAUAAAAAUCAUUGGCAAGCA